UAUCUUUGUUUACGCGUAAGGAGUUUCUGCUCGGCUCCCCCCAGACACACACACACACACACACACUCUCCAGAUAACAAUUAGGUAAAUACGACCAAGUGUAAAAAGACAUUCCUGCGUGGAAUUGAGUUAUUGUAAUUAACAAAAGUGAAACUAUGUCGGCGACCGGGCCUGCUGCUGGAGCUGACUGCAUAGACGCAAGACGAGGCGACGGACAAGAACAGUCAGAAGGUUCCUCGCCUAGCUCCAUGGAUGUGGAUGCCCAGGCUCAGUCUCACAGCUUCAGAUACAGCCUCAAGUUCCCCUGCAUAGGACAGUGUAUCAUCAUCAACAACAAGAACUUUGACAGAAGAACAGGCAUGAAUCAACGCAACGGCACCGACGUGGACGCGGCCAAUGUGAUGAAAGUGUUUGCCAAGCUGGGUUAUAAAGUCAAAGUUUACAACGACCAGACGGUGGAGCAGAUGAGACAAGUCUUGGUAGCAGUGUCAAAGGAGGAUCACAGCGGUUUUGCGUCGUUGGUGUGUGUUCUCCUCAGCCACGGAGACGAAGGCGUCUUCUUUGGCACCGACGGCUCCAUCGAGCUGAAAUACCUCACGUCGCUUUUUAGGGGGGAUCGCUGCAGAUCUCUGGUGGGGAAGCCCAAACUCUUCUUCAUCCAGGCGUGCAGAGGCACGGAGCUGGACGCAGGCAUAGAAACGGAUAGUGCGGACGACGGCACCACUAAGAUCCCUGUGGAAGCAGACUUCAUGUACGCCUACUCCACAGCUCCAGGCUACUACUCCUGGCGGAACACCAUGACGGGCUCGUGGUUCAUCCAGACGCUGUGCGAGGUGUUGACCAAGUACGGCAAAGAGCUGGAACUCCACCACGUCAUGAUCCGAGUCAACCACAAGGUGGCGCUGGAGUUUGAGUCGGUCUCCAACGCGCCGGGCUUCGAUGCCAAGAAGCAGAUCCCGUGCGUCGUGUCCAUGCUGACCAAGGAGAUGUACUUCUCGCCUUGACACGCCACCCCUCCCCCGGAGUGUUUGGUGGUACGUCAGCUCGCACGUUCCUGUGGAAGCUGACACCAAAUAUGGCGUUAUUUGGUUCUUUGUUGUUUUCUAUUUUUAUUUUAAACAUGGAACCAAAUGGGCUGACGUGAUUGGCUGAUAAACAGUCAGAGCUGUUGCUGUUUACACAUUUCAGGGAAUUAUUAAAGGAAAAGUGCACUUUUUGGGAAUUUUGUCCAUCAUCCACAAUCCUUAUGGUUGUAAGUAUGACCUUUGCCCAAGGCCGAAGGUUACAUAAGUCCGCCCUUUUCAUAGCUGUCUCAGGCAAUGCCUGUUACGACGGAGUAUUAAAAUAAUCUGAGAUUUCAAGAAAGUCGUAAAUUUCCGAGAAAAAACUCGUAACUAUUUUACAGGUAUUGUUACAGGUAUUGCCUGAGAUGUACGACUUUUUUCUUGUAAUAUUAGGACUUUUUCUCGUAAAUCUACGACUUCAUUCUCGUAAUAUUAGGACUUUUUCUCGUACAACUUUAUUCUUGUAAAUUUACAACUUUUUUUCUCUUAAAUUUGACUUGUUUCUCUUAAUAUGACAGCUUUUUUUCUCAUAGAUUUAACAUUUUGUUUGUUUUAUUUUUUUCUCUUAAAUUUGACUUGAUUCUCCAAAUAUUACGACUUUUUUUCCUCUAAAGUUUACAACUUUAUUCUUGUAUAUUUUACGACUUUAUUUUUGUAAAUUUACGGUGUUUUUUUUCUCCGAAAUUUACAACUUUAUUCUUGUAAAUUUACUGUGUUUUUUUUCUCCGAAAUUUACGACUUUAUUCUUGUAAAUUUACGAUUUUUUAAAGUCGUAUGACUUUAUUCUUGUAAAUUUACGGUGUUUUUUUCUCAUUUAACAUUUUGUUUGUUGCGGACCCCGCUGGUCUGCACUGGUCUGCAUAGUUAGCUCCCACAUGCUAGCUGUUUUUCUCUCUUUAGAAUGCACACAACAUGUGGUCAUAUCCAGGAUU